UGCAGUCUGCUGAUGGAUCGAUCUGCUAUUGGAGUAGUCUAGUAAAACAAAUCAAAGCCGCCGGCACCGGCAGUUAAUUAAGUAUUAAUGUGAUCGAGAUCGAUGCAGGCAUCGUGCGUGCCUGCAGCCUCUGCCUGCUCAAACCCCAACCAAAGCAAGCAGAGAGCAGGCAGCCUCCCUCAUCUUGUUCCUCUAUCUCCUCCCCGGCCCCUUAGCUUCUAUAAAUGAAGCAUCAUCUAUCUGCCCCAAAGCAAGCAAGCAAGCAAGCACAAGAACAAGAGCAGCUAGCUAGCUCUAGCUUAGCUUCUUUAAUUUGUGCAGAUUAAAGGAGCUAGCGAGAUUCAUUAGCAGUAAUGGCGGCGACCAAGAUCUACAUCGUGUACUACUCGACCUGGGGCCACGUGACGGCUCUGGCGGAGGAGCUCAAGAAGGGCGCCGAGUCCGUGGGCGGCGUCGAGGCGACGGUGUGGCGCGUCCCCGAGACGCUGCCGGAGGAGGUGCUGGGGAAGAUGUACGCGGCGCCCAAGCGCGAGGACCACCCGGUGAUCUCGGCGAAGCAGCUGGCGGAGGCCGACGGCGUGCUGCUGGGCUUCCCCACGCGGUUCGGCAUGAUGGCCGCGCAGAUGAAGGCGUUCCUCGACUCCACGGGCGGGCUGUGGCAGGAGCAGGCCCUGGCGGGCAAGCCCGCGGGCUUCUUCUUCGCCACCGGCACCCAGGGCGGCGGCCAGGAGUCCACCGCGCUCACCGCCGUCACGCAGCUGGCGCACCACGGCAUGAUCUACGUCCCGCUCGGGGCCACCUUCGGCGCGCGCAUGUUCGCCAUGGACGAGGUCCGGGGGGGAAGCGCCUACGGGGCCGGCACCUUCGCCGGCGCCGACGGCAGCAGGACGCCCACCGAGACCGAGCUCGCCAUGGCCAACCACCAGGGGAAGCAAUUCGCGGCCGUCGCCAAGAAGCUCAAGGCCUGAUAUCAUCGAUUCACCACGCACACCAUUAUGCAUGUGUCUUCUUCCUUAUUGCGAUUCAAUAAUGAUCGAGUGAUCCGGAUACACCAAGUGUGGUCACAAGUAUACCUGAAAAAUCCAUGUUCGUCGUACUCAUGUAUAAGGAUCGAUGCGUGAUUUGUUGGUUCAUCCGAUCCUCAGCCCAAAUUAAGAAUGAUUUGCAAUGGUAUUUCAAGUUAGAUACAU